AUGCCACGGGCGUCGCAGAUUAUACCCCGCCGGCGGAGGGUCGCUAGGGCGCGUCGGUCCGCCCGGUUGGUGGCCCGAGGUCUGGGACGUGAUAAUUACGAUGCCUCCCCGUCACGAACGGACCGGGCGGCACCGUGUGCGGUCAACAGCCGGGACUGCUGGUGGCUGCUGUUCGUGGCGCUGCUGGCCGUGGCCAGCUGGAGCUGUCGGAUCGGGACGGAGGCGACAGCUACACCUGUCCGGAGCCCGCUGGACGAGUACAGCCGGCGGCACCCGAUGUUCAAGCGGAUGGGCGCGCUGUCCGACUCGGCCAGGAUCUCCAACCUGACGCGUCUGCACCGGGGCGAUCUGUUCUACACAUUCGAAUCGGAAAAAUGUGAUACGGAUACGUGCGUGGGGCUGUCGAGCGGCACGGCGGAACUGGCGAUCGGUGGUGACCGGACGGCGGGCAGUCCCAUCGACGGUGGGCCCGGAACGAACCGCGAGCACAUCAAAGAAAUCGAUAUGUCAUCGGAUGCGGGCAUCGAGUGCAGGUGCCAGUGUUUGCCCCACCUGAGCACGUACCGGGAAGAUUUGGGCAUCUGUGUGGACGAUAUUAGAGAGUGCACUCUAGCGCCGUUCAUCAGCGGUUCCAGCGCGGAGAAGAUACCGUUCGUCUUUUUGCCCCACCGUGGCCAAAUCGUUCAUCCGAGCCGCGAGAUUGGAUUUCCCGGCGUCAAAAUGCCGAUGUGUGCGGUGUCGGCCGCCCAAUACCUCACGACGAAGGGGUGGGCCGAGCUGCGCAACCCGCUCGACACGGACGUCCCGUUCCGGUUGUUCCGCGACGAGGGCCGCAUCUACCUGCAGUGGCUCGGGGAACCGGAACUGCGCCAGCGGAUGCAAGGCCGGUUGGUGCUGGUGCACCUGAUGUGCCGCGACAUGACCCCGCGCCUGCCCCUGCCGAAGGAUAGCCGGGCCGCCGUGCCGCACGAUGACAUGCAGAUGCCGAAUCAAAACAUCUUUACACCGUGCAUCGCUUUCCGCGUCGUCGGGACACCCAUAAAAUACGUCAACAAUGUCACGGAGGUAACGUUCUCGUCGGAGACGCACGUCGAGCAGCCGUCCGGUUUGUCCACCAAGGAGUACGUCGUGAUCGCCGUGUGCAGCCUCUGUCUGGGCCUGAUCUACAUCGCGUCGGUUUUUCUCUACAUCCACGUGAAGAAACGCAAGAAUAGAUCGGGCUCGGAGGAUGAUCCGGACCAUGGGAUGAAGAACGACUACUCCACGUACCAGCAGAAUGACCAGGUAACGUUUGGGGUCGGCAUGGGUACGACGGUAAGUCCGUUUGGUGGUCAAGCCCGGGCCAGCUUCAUCGGGCGGAACGCACUCGGCGGUAGCCAGCGGCAGAGUGGACCGGGUGGUGGACCGGGAGGGCCCCACCGGGGUCUGACGAACGUGGGACUGCACGCGGAGGAGAUCGGCAUCGUCAAGAGCAACCCGCUGCUGAAGCACUUCCCGAAUCUGAGCGACAAUUCGGGUUUCAUCAGCGACAACUCCAACUCGGUGUCGGAGUUCGAGGAUGACAUUACGACCGACAUGGAGAAGCAGAUGCAGGGUGGCAAGCAUCAGCCAAAAAACUUCUCCGGGCGUACCGAACUGGAUGGCGAACUUCGCCUUCAACAGCAACAGCAGCAACAGCAGCAGCAUCAGUCGGUUCUCCUGCACCACCACCGCCUCCACCAGCAGCAGCAACACCACCAGUUCCAGCAAGACCCGCUGAACUCUGGUGGCCAGGAUACGGAGUGCCUGCCCGAGGAAAAUGUAUCCAUUGUCGAAGAACUGAACAACGAAGAAAAGCUCGAAAGUAUGAAGUCUAUCGUUAACGGGACGAUGCGCCGGAAGCUGUACUUCAACCCGGCCUACUUCGAGCCGCACCUGCUGGUGGCACCACCACCGGCGGCGAUCGAGUUCCUGAACAAGAUCCGCGAGGUGAUCACGAUCGCCAAGUACAAGAUGUCCUCGAAGCGCUUCCAGCCAUCGCUGAACAUUAUUCCGGAGGAGCAGCAACACGCGGCUGGAUCGGAGACGUACGCGGCCGUCCAGACGGGUCCGGCUAGCCGCCGAUCGAGUCUGAUCAGCUCGCGGAAGGACAGUUCACGGAAGAGCGCCUGCUCGGGCUGUCCGGGCUGCGAGAAGAAACCGACCACGGCCGGCACGGACUCGGUCCUGGUGCCGUCGAGCAACUGUCGUAACUGUGGUGACAAGCAGAACAGCAUCCGGAAGUGGCUCGAGGACGUGUCAUCGACGCACGAGCACCACGGUGGUGAGGACGAUUGUUACGACAGCAAGUCGAACCUUCUGGCCGCCGACGAUAGUGGUGCCGCCGGGUGUGACUCCCCGGCGAACGAUGAAGGUGAUGGGCCAACCGGUGGAGCUACCGGUGGACACACCAACGCGGCCUUCACCGGUGACCAGCAGCUCGAUGAACGGGCGGCUCCCGAAUCGCUGCCGAUACGGCCGGACAUCAAGAAGCACCCGAAGCACGGUGGCCGACCGUCGAAAAAUGGCGGGAGUUUACCGAGUGACACUUCGUCCACUUCGGACAACGAGACGAUCGUGGCGAACAGCGUGAAGGAACGCGGCUCGUCGGUGGGCCGAGUGCCGUCGACGAGCAAAUCGAUCCGCUCGGACCACAGCUCCGCACCCAAGAUCGUAUCGCACAGCCUGAAGGCGGACGUGGGGUCCAGCAAGUUGGCUAGAUUGGGUCCGUCGCAACCGGAUGACGUCGGAGUUGGGGCGUUGAUGAAGAACGCCAGCUUCAUCUACGAGGAAGGACCGAGCCGGCCGGCACCGACCAAGCAGGAUCUGUACAUGCGGAACACCAACAACUCGGUGGCCAAUCUGGACACGAACAAGGUGUACGAUAAGCGCGAUCUGUAUGGGCUGGCCGGCACCGAGAUCUACAACAACCCCCAGUUCGAGGCGUCCCCGUUGAUGCCGCACAAGGCACUGGCCACGGUACACUCGGUGCACCACCACCACAAGCCGGGCCGGAAGUCGGGUGGAUCGCACACCGGAAGCCUGGGCGCAGCAAUGUCCGGCCGACGGCACCACCAGGAAGUGGUGGACCAGUACGCGAACGUGAAGCCGAGCAUGAUGCGGAUGCGCAACAUCAGCCAGAUGCCGGACAUGGUGUACGAGGCGCUAGCGAUGGACCAGCGCAAGAUCCGCUCGUGGACGGAACGGCACGCGAUGGGGCCGGUGGUGGAGCCGGUGGUGGACUACCACCACCAGGCGGACUCGUCCGACAGCCGGUUCAGCAGCAUCGAUCGGCACGAGCGGUACCGGAACGAGAAGUUCUUUCACGAUUUUUUAAACUCGGACCAGGAGGGCAGCAACACGCUCGGGAACCGGUCGGGGAAGGGGUCGCUGCCGCGGUACCAGCCGGACUCGCCGAUCUACUCGCGCAAGUCGCCCCACUACCUGAUCGUGGACUACGAGACGGACAGCCUGGAGCGGGUCACCUCGAAGACGCCGGGCAGCUUCCACACGGCGUCCACGACGAACAGUAGCGAUCUGGGGUCGCAACCGUCGCCAUCGCUCAGCACGGCCCUGCCGCUCGAGGAGGAGGUCGAGAUACGGAACGCGGUGUACGAUCGGGUGGAGGGGUUUAGGAAGGAUACUGACACGAUCAAGACGGAACGCGAAACGGUCAGUAUCCGGUCGGACGAGUAUGAGGACGUUCCGCAGGCCGCAUCGACCAAGGUGCCGAAGAUCAAGUGCGACACGCCGUUUCAGGGCAGCAUCACGAUCGAGGUGGAGCACAGCCCGGACGACUGCGAGCUCUCGACGGACAGUGACCAGUUCGAGCCGGACACGCUCGACCGGAAGCCGAAAAAGACGGCUGCUGGUGGGCAUGGGGCCGCCGUCAGUCGCCAUCGCAGCAACGUCUGGGAGGGCGGUGAUCGUACGGGGCGCUCGGGCCCACCGGGGAUCGAAUCCAGCCUCACGUCACUGCCGGCCGACCUGAACAACCACUUUGUGCUCAAGUCGUCCGGUUCGUUCAAGCACGAAACGACUUUCGGCAGUCUGCGGGAGAUCUACGAGUCGAAGAACCCGGCCAAGGUGCCACCGGCGCGCGGUUCGUUCAGUAACCUCGCCGAGCUGGACGUGAAGUCGGGCAAGCUGCUGUCGCUGGAGACGAGACACUCGCGCCGGCAACGCACCAACGUGGUCGAUGCGCUCGUUCCGGUCCCGAAGCUCAUGCCACCGGAUCUGAUUCCUCCCGAGGUGGAUACCAUGGCCCCGGGCACGCUCUACGAUCACCCACGGUUGCAGCUGAAGAAGGUCGAGGACUACGGGAUAUCGCCGAAGAAUUUGGCCUGCUGGAGUAGCAGCGAUAAGUUCUCGAACCCGCCGACCGGUCCGGCCCCGAAGCCGCACUUCAACACGAGCGAUGCGUACGAGUCGAUCACCAGCCUGACGGCCGACAGUGACUCGACCCAGUUCACCGGCAUCUCCGACAACGACCGGACGACGACGGCCAGCAGUGGCAGCCCUCCGAGCAAGUCGGCUCGGGCGGGUGGCAAACUGCCCAACUACAGCCACGUCCACAAGGGGCCCGCCGACCACGGGCUGUACCUCAGCGAGAAGUCAGAGUACGCACGGGUUGUUGACGGAACGCUGCAGGACCUACAGGGCGGUGGCGGAAGCUACCUGACGCUCGGGGAGCUGAACAGUAAGAACUUCCUCCAGCAGGUCGACAGCAAGAUCUACGAUCUGCGCACCCGUCAGACGCAGGUGGCCAUGAGCAAGGCAAAGUUCAUCGAGGACAUCGACAAGAUCGAGGUCCUGUCGACGAAGACACUGUCCACGAACUACAGCUAUCCGACCAAUCGCAACGGCUCGUCGAAGGACGACCACUCGGAGGACGGGAAGACGGGGCUGUACGAGAUCAGUGGCCCCAUCCCGAUCGCCACGGUCGAUGUGCCGACGAAGGUGUUCCGGGUCGAGCUGAACCAGUCAUCGAACGGGAUGCAGAUCGCGAUGGGACUGCGUGAUCGGGUCAAGAAGUCGAAGGACCUGAAGAACGCGUGGAAGAAGUUCAUCGGUAUCGCGACGGCCAAGUUUAACGGGGCCAAACCGAACGGUGACUCGGAGCUGGAGAAAACGUCCGACUCGUCGGACAUUGUGGACAAGGACGAGGGCAUUUCAUCCCUGAUCGAUGACUCUUCCGGUAGCGGGGCGUACGGCGGGAUGCACUACCAACAGCAGCAGCAGUUGUUGCGGCACCACCACCAUCAUCACCGCCGCCACCGGCAACCACCGGUGGCGGAAGACGUUGAGGCGAAGCCUUCGACUUCGACACGCAACAUCACCAUCGUGCGGAGCAGCUCGAGAUCGAGUGCCAAGGAACAGGACAGUGGCUACAUGAGUGCCGAUUCGAGCGAAUCCAAGCUGAAGGGCAAGAAGGUGUACGAACGGUUCAACUUUAGUCCACCCGAUGCCGCUGGACCGGAUGGUCCGAUCAUCGAGGAGAACAAGUACGAGAUCUGUGCGGUCCAGGAACCACCGCACGGGGUUGGUUCCGGUGAGGGAAUCGGUCAAACCCCCGUCGGAACUUCCGAUACGCACCGAAGCGGAGGAUCUUCGGCGUCCAGCGGCACGACGAUCGGUUCGCGGCACGAGAGAACGGUUACCCGGCCACGGUCACCACCACCACCGUUGCCGCCUCCGAAUCCCCCUCCACCACCGCCACCGACGGCCACGAUCCCCACGAAAAAACCCUUCGUCGCCACGAUGAAGCCGCAAAGUAAACCACCACCUCCACCACCGGCACCACCUGCGCCACCAGCCGCCACGAUCGUGACCCUUUCGUCGGGGACCGCAGCACCCUCGUCCGGGCCGCAGCGAUCCCAGCAAGGGAUCUACUUCAACAACGACACGAUCAGCGUGCGGGUUUAUUCGUCGGACGAUGACGACAAGUUCGACGAGGGCAGCGAUGACGCGUCCUGCAUUUCCGAGGACGACGAUCUGGACUCCCACCUGGACGAUGUUUCCGAGUCCGGCGCGGAAAGCGUCGAGACGCACUCGGUGUUCUUCAAGAACAUUCGCAAACCGACGGCGGCCACAGCGGCCGGGGCCACCCUGUCGUCGGAUCACGCCGUAGCCGCGGCUGUGCAUUGA